CAGGCCCGGGAGGCUAAGGGUGGAGGAACAGAAUCCGAGUGAGUGCUGCUGCCGCCGCCGCCCCCGCUGCCGCCGCCGCGCUCCCCUCUCCCCCUCCCCCUGCCCCUCCCUCCGGACGCCGCCACUAUUGCUUCUUCUCCGGGUGUGUUAGAUUGGAGCCUGCGCGUGCAUUUGUCGCUACCGCGGGCUGCGUAGCUCCCGACCUUUAACCAUAGGAAAAAAUAAACCAGGAAUGUAAAGAAGAAAUCAAGAUGGAUCGAAGUAUGGUUGUGGAUUUGGUCACCAUCUCUGUUGAGGGGAUGACAUGUGGUUCCUGUGUUUGGACCAUUGAGCAGCGGAUUGGAAAACUGAAUGGUGUAUAUCAUAUUAAAGUUUCACUGGAAGAAAAAAAUGCAACUAUUAUUUAUGACCCUAAACUACAGACUCCAAAGACCCUCCAGGAAGCUAUUGAUGACAUGGGCUUUGAUGCUGUUCUCCACAAUCCUAACCCUGUCCCUGUUUUAACUGACACUGUGUUUCUGACUGUUGCUGCUUCACUGGCUCUGCCAUGGGACCAUAUCCAAAGCAUGUUGCUCAAGACCAAGGGUGUGACAGACAUUAAAAUUUCCCCUCAGCAAAGAACUGUAAUGGUGACAAUAAUCCCUUCUAUUCUGAAUGCCAAUCAGAUAAUAGAGCUGCUUCCGGAUCUCAGUUUAGAUAUUGGAACUCUGGAGAAAAAGUCAGGAACUUGUGAAGAUUAUAGUAUGGCUCAAGUAGGUGAAGUCAUGCUGAAGAUGAAAGUAGAAGGAAUGACCUGCCAUUCAUGCACCAGCACCAUUGAAGGAAAAAUUGGGAAGCUGCAAGGUGUUCAGCGAAUUAAAGUCUCCUUGGACAACCAAGAAGCUACUAUUGUUUAUCAACCUCAUCUUAUCACAGCAGAGGAAAUUAAAAAACAGAUUGAAGCCGUGGGCUUUCCAGCAUUCAUCAAAAAACAGCCCAAGUACCUCAAAUUGGGAGCUAUUGAUAUAGAACGUCUAAAGAAUACACCAGUCAAAUCCUCAGAAGGACCACAGCAAAGGAGUCCAUCAUAUAGCAGUGAUUCAACAGUCACUUUCAUUAUAGAUGGCAUGCAUUGUAAAUCAUGUGUGUUAAAUAUUGAAAGUGCUUUAUCUACACUCCAAUAUGUAAGCAGCAUCGUAGUUUCUUUAGAGAAUAGAUCUGCCAUAGUGAAGUACAAUGCAAGCUCAGUCACUCCAGAAACCCUUAGAAAAGCAAUAGAGGCCAUCUCACCAGGGAAAUACAAAGUUAGUAUUACAAGUGAAGUUGAAAGUACCUCAAACUCUCCCUCCAGCUCAUCUCUUCAAAAGAUUCCUUUGAACACAGUAAGCCAUCCUCUGACUCAAGAAACUGUGAUAAACAUUGGUGGCAUGACUUGUAAUUCUUGUGUGCAGUCUAUUGAGGGUGUCAUAUCAAAAAAGGCAGGUGUAAAAUCCAUACGAGUAUCUCUUGCAAAUGGCAAUGGGACUGUUGAGUAUGAUCCUCUACUAACUUCUCCAGAGACCUUGAGAGAAGCAAUAGAAGACAUGGGAUUUGAUGCUGCCUUGUCAGAUACAAAUGAGCCAUUGGUAAUAAUAGCUCAGACCUCAUCAGAAGUGCCGCUUUUGACCUCAACUAAUGAAUUUUAUACUAAAACAAUGACACCAAUUCACGAUGGGGAAGUAAAGCCUUCGUCUAAGUGUUAUAUACAGGUCACUGGUAUGACUUGUGCUUCCUGUGUAGCAAACAUUGAACGGAAUUUAAGACGAGAAGAAGGAAUAUAUUCUGUACUUGUGGCUCUGAUGGCUGGCAAGGCAGAAGUGAGAUAUAAUCCUGCUGUUAUACAACCCCCAGUGAUAGCUGAGUUCAUCCGAGAGCUUGGAUUUGGAGCCACUAUGAUAGAAAAUGCUGGUGAAGGAGAUGGUGUUUUGGAACUUGUUGUGAGAGGAAUGACGUGUGCCUCCUGUGUACAUAAAAUAGAGUCUAUCCUCACAAAACACAGAGGGAUCUUCUACUGUUCUGUGGCCUUGGCAACCAACAAAGCACAUAUUAAGUAUGACCCAGAAAUUAUUGGUCCCAGGGAUAUUAUCCAUACAGUUGAAAGCUUAGGUUUUGAAGCUUCUUUGGUCAAAAAGGAUCGGUCAGCAAGCCACCUGGACCAUAAACGAGAAAUAAGACAGUGGAGACGGUCCUUCCUUGUGAGCCUCUUUUUCUGUAUUCCUGUCAUGGGGCUGAUGAUAUAUAUGAUGGUUAUGGACCACCAUCUUGCAACUCUUCACCAUAAUCAGAGCAUGAGUCAAGAAGAAAUGAUCAACAUUCAUUCUUCUUCUAUGUUCCUGGAGCGCCAGAUCCUGCCAGGACUGUCCAUUAUGAAUUUGCUAUCCUUUUUGUUGUGUGUACCUGUACAGUUUUUUGGAGGCUGGUACUUCUACAUUCAGGCGUAUAGAGCCCUGAAGCAUAAAACUGCAAAUAUGGAUGUACUGAUUGUGCUGGCAACCACCAUUGCAUUUGCCUACUCUUUGGUUAUUCUUCUGGUUGCAAUGUAUGAAAGAGCCAAAGUAAACCCUAUUACUUUCUUUGACACACCUCCUAUGCUAUUUGUCUUUAUUGCACUAGGCCGGUGGCUGGAACAUAUAGCAAAGGGCAAAACAUCAGAGGCUCUUGCCAAGCUAAUUUCACUACAAGCUACAGAAGCAACUAUUGUAACUCUUGACUCUGAUAAUAUUCUCUUAAGUGAAGAACAAGUGGAUGUGGAACUUGUACAACGUGGAGACAUCAUUAAAGUGGUUCCAGGAGGCAAAUUUCCAGUGGAUGGUCGUGUAAUUGAAGGACAUUCUAUGGUAGAUGAGUCCCUUAUCACAGGGGAGGCAAUGCCAGUGGCUAAGAAAUCUGGCAGCACAGUGAUUGCUGGUUCCAUUAACCAGAAUGGGUCACUACUUAUCCGUGCAACCCAUGUUGGAGCUGACACAACACUUUCUCAAAUUGUCAAACUUGUGGAAGAGGCACAAACAUCAAAGGCUCCUAUCCAGCAGUUUGCAGACAAACUCAGUGGCUACUUUGUUCCUUUUAUUGUUGUCAUUUCCAUUGCUACCCUCUUGGUUUGGAUUAUAAUUGGAUUUCUGAAUUUUGAAAUUGUGGAAACCUACUUUCCUGGAUAUAACAGAAGUAUCUCUCGAACAGAAACGAUAAUACGCUUUGCUUUCCAAGCUUCUAUCACAGUUCUGUGUAUUGCGUGCCCCUGUUCACUGGGACUAGCCACUCCAACUGCUGUGAUGGUGGGUACAGGAGUAGGUGCUCAAAAUGGCAUACUAAUCAAAGGUGGCGAGCCACUGGAGAUGGCUCAUAAGGUAAAGGUAGUGGUGUUUGAUAAGACUGGAACCAUUACCCAUGGAACUCCUAUAGUGAAUCAAGUAAAGGUUCUAGUUGAAACUAACAGAAUAUCACGUAAUAAGAUCCUGGCCAUCGUGGGAACUGCUGAAAGUAACAGUGAACACCCUCUAGGAGCAGCCAUAACGAAGUACUGCAAACAGGAGCUGGACACUGAAACCUUGGGUACCUGUGUAGAUUUCCAGGUUGUGCCAGGCUGUGGUAUUAGCUGUAAAGUCAUCAAUAUUGAAGGCUUGCUACAUAAGAAUAACUGGAGGAUAGAGGAAAAUAAUAUUAAAAAUGCAUCCCUGGUUCAAAUUGGCACAAAUAAUGAACAGUCAUCAACUUCAUCUUCCAUGAUUAUUGAUGCCCAGCUCUCAAAUGCUCUUAAUGCUCAACAGUACAAAGUCCUCAUUGGUAACCGGGAAUGGAUGAUUAGAAAUGGUUUUGUUAUUAAUAAUGAUGUAGAUGAUUCCAUGACUGAACAUGAGAGAAAAGGUCGGACUGCUGUAUUGGUGGCCGUUGAUGAUGAGCUGUGUGGCUUGAUUGCUAUUGCUGAUACAGUGAAGCCUGAAGCAGAAUUGGCUGUCCAUAUUUUGAAAUCCAUGGGCUUAGAAGUAGUUCUGAUGACUGGAGACAACAGUAAAACAGCUAGAUCUAUUGCUUCUCAGGUUGGCAUUACUAAGGUGUUUGCUGAAGUUCUCCCUUCUCAUAAGGUUGCUAAGGUGAAGCAACUUCAGGAGGAGGGGAAACAGGUUGCAAUGGUAGGAGAUGGAAUCAAUGACUCUCCAGCUCUGGCAAUGGCUAAUGUUGGAAUUGCCAUUGGCACAGGUACAGAUGUAGCCAUUGAAGCAGCUGAUGUGGUUUUAAUAAGGAAUGAUCUUCUGGAUGUAGUGGCAAGUAUUGACUUAUCAAGGAAGACAGUCAAGAGGAUUCGGAUAAAUUUUGUUUUCGCUCUAAUUUAUAAUCUAGUUGGAAUUCCCAUAGCUGCUGGAGUUUUUAUGCCCAUUGGUUUGGUUUUGCAGCCCUGGAUGGGAUCUGCUGCAAUGGCUGCUUCCUCUGUUUCAGUAGUACUUUCUUCUCUCUUCCUUAAACUUUAUAGAAAACCAACUUAUGAGAAUUAUGAACUGCAUGCCCGAAGCCACAUGGGACAGAAAAGGCCUUCGGAAAUCAGCGUUCAUGUUGGAAUAGAUGACACCUCAAGAAAUUCUCCUAAACUGGGUUUGCUGGACCGGAUUGUUAAUUACAGCAGAGCCUCCAUAAAUUCACUACUGUCUGAUAAACGGUCCCUAAACAGCAUUGGUACCAGUGAACCUGACAAGCAUUCACUUCUGGUGGGAGACUGCAGGGAAGAUGAUGACACCACAUUGUAACAGGCCACAGAGAGUGCUACUAGCCAAUGUUGUUAUGCACUGACACAGCAUUAGUGAUGUUACCUUAACUUUUCAAAAUAUUGUGGAAGGAUUUUAUAUUGGUCUCAUGCCCUGAUGUUAAGGAUUCUAUUUGCAUUGCAUUUGUCUAAUGGCAGAAAUAUAUUUUUUCAGAGUUAGCUCUGAACCUAGCUUUAUUUAAAAUGAAUCUCCAGCCCUUUUGUUUUCACUAGUAACAGAUAAGGUAGACCAGUGAGGUUUACAACAAGCCCUACAAUUGAAGAUUACUGAUUGCUGCUAAAGUGAUAAUUUUUUUUAUUUGACCAAAAAGAAAAGGCUCAAGAAAAAGGAUAAUUUAAAAGUUUCAAGAUCUGAGAGCAUGAUCUUGAGGACAUUCUUGAGCUCUCAUCCCUGUCAGGUUGGGGAAUAAUGGCUUUUAAAACACUGUAAAGCAUCUGGGUUUAGAAGGAAAACAGUUAGAAACUGUUUAAAAAUAGAUGUGCCUUAUUUAUUACAGGCUUUCUUCCCCCUUAUUCUCCCUGCAUCUUUGUCUUUGCAAUUGCCCUAGUUUGUUUUUUUGUUGUUGUUCUUUCAGCUGAGCUAAGUGUAGGUGAUUGAUUGAUAAAAAUAAAUGACAACUUUUCCAAUAUCUUUUUCCUUUCUUUAUCUUGUAACCCAAAAAGACCUUAAGGAUCCAUAGGGUCCCUUGCUUCCUAUCUUUCCAUUGUUGUAAAAAAAUAGAUCAGAUUCUUCAUUCAGUGACUCUCUAGCUCUGUACAGGCUUUUAAUUCACUCCUGACGAGUUCCACUCUAAAUUGUUCUUAGUCUAUCAGCCUCAGUCCAGAAGCCUAAAAUGUUGAGCCUCUUCUACAAUUAACUUUUUCGAAGAUUAACACUACAUCCUUGACAUAUACGGGUCAUGUGAAAUUACCUAGAUUCACUAAAUUUGUCCUUUUUUGGGAGAGAAUACAAGACAGUAGCUGGUAUAUAUAAUUUAAUAGAUUUUAAAUAUAUUUUAGUAUUUUAGAUGACCUCUCAAAAUGACUUUAAAAUAAUGCUAUUACACAAAGCUGCAUUUACCAAAAAAACAUAAUAAAUUUGUAAUAUAGAAAUGAGAAUUUCCCUAGGUUGUGAUACCUUUUAGCCAAGUCUAUACUUUUCUCUAGUUUAAAACAUUUGCACUUGCUAGUAAGUGUGAUUUGCAAAUUCAGGGGCUGUUUUCAGUGCCAUACACAUUUAGAAAUUCCACUCUGAGUGCCUAGGAGUUAAUACACUGAUCAGAGAUCUAGUACUUGUAUCACUAUUUAAAUUCCUCAUUUAUUGCAAGAUGGAUUUCAGAUGCAGAUUAUGGAAGUGAAAAUAAAUAAAUAAGUUCCUAAUACUUUGUUCCCAUUGCCAUAUGUAAAGCUGUUGGAACAAUGCCUAGCACAUAGGAUUUGUAUUCAGUAAAUGUUAUUUCUUUUCUCCCCUUGAGGUCAGUAAUAAAUAAUUAAUAAUAAUUUUCUUAGGGCAGAAUCUAAAAUCAGGUGGGAUUGGGGAAUGGGUUUCUUCCUCUCCUACUUCUUUUCUCUCUUCUCCUUUCAUACACACACAAAAAAGUUUAUAACAUUGUUCCAUCCUGUCUUUUCAGAUUUGGAAAAAAAUCUCAUUUUUAUCUCAACUAUCUUUUUUUUUCUUUUCAAAUUUUAUUUAAAUUCCAGUUAGGUAACAUACAAUGCAAUAUUGGUUUCAGGAGUAGAAUUCAGUGAUUCAUCCUUUAAAUGCAACACCCAGUUAUCUCAAGUAUCUUAAAGAGAGAAUUGAAACUUGAGGAAGGUGCUAUUAAUCUAGAAAGGCAAACCCAUUUUAAUGAAAUAUGAAUGAGUUUGUAUAUCUAGGCUCUUUUUUAGACCAAUGCCUAUGUCAUCUUCCAUGCUUCCACUUUGAAUUUUAAUAUUUGUUUUUUAUUUUAAUUCUAGUGGUCUGUCAUACCACAAUUUGUUCUUCUAGAAGAAACAGCCAAUAUGAUAAAUGUAUAAUAGACUUUUGGAAAAAGAAGCACCUUUCUCUCUUUCUCCCUUACUCUUUUCUGUGUCUCUGAAACCUUGAACAUAGACAGUUACUACUUUUAUUAUUAUGUGUGUUUUUGAGUUGUCCUUUUGUCCCCCACUUGCCAAAGGACCCACAUGACCUAAGAUAGCAAGAAGAGCAACCUAUAGUCUGGGAAAAAUCAAGAAUUUAAUUUCACCUCUUACUAUCAGAACAGAAAACAUGUUGUUUAGAAAGAAUCCUAUUUUAAGUAUCUGUAGUAUCUUUGAAUUCCCUACCAUAAGUCUCUUUUGUAAUCCUGAACUCCUAUUAGCUUCAUAGAGCAGCUGUAUUCACAGGAGAGAUGAUCUAGGAACAGGAUCAAAAACAUUGCUUUCAGUUAGUAACUAGCUUUAAGUAACCAGUUACUUGUGAGAACAAAUGUUAUAAAUGUAGAUGUGUGUAUGUGUUUCUCUGUUUAUAUACACACAUAUGUACGCACAUAUUUACAAUAUAGAGGAAAAUGGGUUUAUAUUUGAAUUUGAUGUUUGAAUAUUUGAAAUUCCUUAUAUGUUGUUCCUUUAUCACUCUUCUGUAUUCACUCAGCACCCAUGCCCUCAGUCUGAAGAUAACAAGGAUGUUUUGAUAUCCAGUGCUGGUUCUGAUUCAACUAUGGGGCACCUUUUAUCUUAAAUAUCCAAAGAUGCCUUUUGAAUUUCAAAGGUUAAAAACACAGCUAGAAUAUUUAAUGUUAUAGUCUAAAGAAGUAUGGUGGUCAGUGGUGAAAAUAGAAAUGAUAUUUUUCCUAGUUUAGUAUCAGCAUUUUAGAGUGUUAAAUUUGAUGCCUUGUGAACAAAAAAUUUUAUACUGUGCUUUAACUUUUUAAAAGCUUGUUUCUUUUUUCAGAUGUAUUCUUUGUUCAGAAUGCUUAAAAUAGCACUAUAGACAGGAUGUUUCCAAAAAUUUAAGUGUGCGUAUCUUUUAUGUACACAGCUUAAAUCAAGAAUACAUGUUUUUGAGAAUUUUUCUCCAUUACUUGUGAAUCUGCUUUAAAAUUAUUUUUUCCUGAUAUUUAUUUUACUCUAUUUUGUUACUUUCUUUGGGUGAGGCAUCUGGUUAUUGGUUAUUUUAAUAAGAAUAAAAACAUUCCUGCAAUCACUCCCGUUGGAUUUUUGGUUCUUUUCUAUAUUUAAAAUAUGUAAUCAAAUAUAAACAAUAUAGAUUCAUGCCAAAUUAUUAGCUGUUUUUAGACUGUUUCUGUAGUCCCUCUGAAAAUUUAUCUGGUAUGAAUAACCAGAUAAAGCACAAAAGCAUGAACUCUUGUUCUUCAGUUAAAGAGCUUCUGUAAUAGCAUUGAUAAUAGAUGCCUUUUGUAGCCAAAACCAGGCGUCUCGACCUUAUGUUUUCAGUUAAAUGUUUAACUGAACAUUGUUAAACAUUGUUUGGUACCCAAAACAGCAGUGGGCAGUGUUGUGCAAUAAUUAUCUGUCAUCAAGAUAUUCAGUAGUUUGUUUUUCCAUAAGCAUGUAAUUGAUCAUAUUUCUGCCAAGGAUGUGCCUUCAAAUUUGUAAUUAUAGUAUUGUAGAAAAAUGUC